AUGAACGAGGACGAUCGCCGUUCUGACUCUGAAGAUACCGUUGUGGAGGACGCGUAUCCUGACGAGAAGUUCGGUCAAUACCACUACGACAACGGUUCCACUGACAGCAUUCACACUGAUGCUACGCACUUUACCGAUGACGGUCCUGGGGGAACUGAUACUCACUUCUCCAAGGCUGCAUUUCAGCGUAAUGAGGUUGUGACUGAGAUUACUGCCAUAAAGGAAGUCGCGAGGUCCGGACUUGCGGUGCUUGGAAUUUUCGGACCAGGAUGUCCUGCCUGUAUCAAGGCUCACCCUCGUUAUAUGGCUUUCUCCGGUUCGUCUCCCGGCCAAGCUGUGCAAUUCUAUCAAGUUUUCAUUAACAAAAGCAAGAGCGUAUACCAUGAACUAGCGCACAGCAAGCGACACAUGAUUCCGCAAUGGAGGAUAUACCAUGAUGGUCACGAGGUGUACUGGAAUUAUGAUUUGGGUAAGGUGGAGGCUGGACUCCAAAGCAUGCAUUCCCUUGGCCUUGAUAAGUCUCAAAUCAACAGUUACCUUGACACGGAUGCUCGGGAAACUGGCAUAGACGAAGGACAUGGCUGCGAGUUGUCACCAGUCAAACAUAGGCGGUGCUGGCUCGUCCGACUCGUCUUUGGCGAGGACAACUCUGAUGAUCAACCUCGCUGCAGCGCCGUUCUAGCGAGCAAUAAUCCCUCACAACUGGCAGAUGCUCGGCUGGGGGAUUCCCAUUUCCGCGUCAUCUUCUACGGCGACAGGCGAAGCCGUAAGGUCAUACAUAUCGCCCUGGAAUUUUCCCCCGAUACGAACAAAUCAUUGCGCUUCCGAUCCGCCACAUUCUUUGCGCGAUUUGAAUCACAAGGUGAAGGGCAGGAGGUGUUGAUCACGAAGGUCACACCGCAGAAGAGGAUUGGCGAUGAGGCGUCCGCGACUGUCAGGCAGGGGGUCUCAACCGAGUUCCAGGGGAAGGUCAGCAUUGCUCAUCCUGGUGGCCUGAGAGCCAAAUGGAGGAAGACUUUCCAUGUGGAAGCGGCAUUACAUGAUCACGAGACUGCCACGGGCAGCGGACAAGGAAGUAAAAUGGCCCAAUGGACAUUCCGGGAAAAUUCCUUGGACGGUGAGCGACGCGGCAUCGCGGAGAGGCAGGAGCUCUCCGUUCAUUUCGAGACCAUGCAAGAGAAAUUGGUCGUGAAGUUCUGGGGCCUGGCGACACUGUCUCACAAAGGACACGCGGCCCACAUUGUGCCAGUGGAUCACCACCACCUCAGACUCGGGUCAGAGUCUGAACCAUACGUCAGGACACUCGUACGACCCAAGGGAAUUUUGUAG